AUGGAGAACGGCUUGCGGCAUAAUAGAGAUAGCUCUCGAGCUUCUGGACAGUCAUCGUCGCAUUUUAAUUCUCACAACCAAGGUCGCCGUCCUCGUUCGCUACCAUCGAAAUCGCAUUACAUUCUGAUAACUUCUUUAUUAUUAAUAUGGUGUCUACCUAUUUGCUCAGCGUUUGCACCUGUAUAUCUGGAUGAGGAGAUGCUUGCACCAAGACAAGUUGUUGCGGAAAACGAAGGGUCAGUCUUCGAUCAAUUAGCCAAGUCGGGACAAAUAUUGGUUGAUCUUUCACCACACCCAAAAGGUCUAGACUGGGCGUUUGUUCCGGAGCAACAAGUGCAAGAUGAUCUUCGACGGCGGCAGGAGCUAGGUCAAAAUGCGCCUCCACCAAAGACGACCACUGUAACUCCCGCACCAGCUGAUACGGUCACUGUCACCAAAUCAAUCACGCCUCCAGGCUCGCAAACUGCAGCAGCUUCAUCUAGAGAUCCCUCGACAAGUACAGCGCUAAUAGCGGUACCAACCGAAGCCGCCUCUCCUCUACCUAGUGCCUUUGAUACUGGCUUCAACUCAAAUAUCACAGCAACAUGUUCAAACUUUAUGGCUAAUAUGCUCCAAAACUCUACCUUCACCUCAUGCUUGCCGAUUUCUGUAUUGCUCCAAAACUCCAUGUCAUUUUUCCAAGCACAGAAACAGCUUGUCCGCAUUACACAAGUCCUGGAUGCAUCCUGUAGUGCGAAUGUCACAACAUGCGAUAGAGUGAUGUCUGCAUUCGCAAGCAACAUCACCUCGACAUCAGCCUGCUCAAGCGACAUGGCCGCCGGAAACCCUCUCGUCAACCAAGCACGUCUCGGCCUCCUCGCCUACAAACCUUUAUACACAGCAACAUGCCUCAAAAAUCAAAACACCAAAUCCUACUGCUUCGCCGAAGCAAUCACCAAUGCCAGCAACCCAGCCGACAACUACCUCUACUAUCUACCCCUAAAUAUCAGUCUUCCAGGUGGCAGUCGACCGACUUGCAAUUCAUGUCUUCAAAACACCAUGGCCGUGUACUCCGCCGCAACGUCUGAUCGAACGAGUGCACUCUCAUCAGACUACGUAAAUGCAGCCAUGCAAGUCAACGUCAACUGCGGGCCUACCUUUACCAACACCAGUCUCGCCGCUGCCGUAUCUUCUAGCGCCUCUACAAUCGCCGUUGUGGGUCAGAAUUACGGCUUAAUCGCAUUGGUACUCGCAGUGGGCAGUCUACUGCUCUGA